AAAGGGAAAAAAAGAAAAGAAAUGGGGAGAGGAAAGAUAGAGAUAAAGAGAAUAGAAAACUCAAGCAACAGACAAGUAACAUACUCAAAGAGAAGAAAUGGGAUAUUGAAAAAAGCUAAGGAAAUUAGUGUUCUUUGUGAUGCUCAUGUUUCUGUUAUCAUUUUUGCUACUUCUGGAAAAAUGCAUGAGUUCUCAUCUACUCCUUUGGUUGAUAUUUUGGAUCAAUACCACAAGCUUACUGGGAGAAGAUUGUGGGAUGCUAAGCAUGAGAACUUGGACAAUGAAAUCAACAAAGUCAAGAAAGACAAUGACAACAUGCAAAUAGAACUCAGGCACCUAAAGGGUGAAGACAUAUCAUCUUUGAACUAUAGAGAACUCAUGAUAUUGGAAGAUGCUCUUGAAAAUGGACUCACUGGUAUCCGUGACAAACAGAAUGAGUUUAUAAGGAUGGUGAGGAAAAAGACUCAAAAUAUGGAGCAGGAGCAAGAUCAACUUAACUGUCAAUUGAGACAACUAGAGAUAGCAAGCAUGAAUAGGAACAUGGGAGAAGUAGGUGAAGUGUUUGAGCAGACAAGGGAAAAUCAUGAUUAUGGGCAAAUGCCUUUUGCUUUCAGAGUCCAACCAAUGCAGCCUAAUUUGCACCAGAGGUUCUAAAUCAAACCUCCCAUCUAUCUACCUAUAUCUAUGUUUUAUUUUUGUUUUUUCUAUAAUCGAGAAAUCCAUCUGUGACCCCGCCCUUUGAACCAAUCACAGUCUUCUAAACUCGGUGGAUAAUGGACCCGCCCCCUACCUAUAUCUAUGUUUGCUCAUCAAUGAAACAUCUUUUAUUAGUAAUAUUGUUCUAGUUUGUGCUUUCAACAAACUUUGGUGUGUAAUAUCAAUACUUAUCUCUACUCUAUGCUUUUAAGUGACAUUAUAUAUAU